AUGGCUGAAUUACCACCCAAAAUACCACCACCCCACAGCGCCCCGAAUUGGCCUUCUUUUCCUCACGACAAGAUGCCCGCAAUGGCAAACUUCUUUUCCACCACCACCGCCAUGAUGAACGCUUCAAUCCACCACCAGAACCAGGCCUCGUGGGUGGACGAGUUCCUCGACUUCUCGUCCGCCCGUCGCGGUGCUCACCGACGUUCCAUGAGCGACUCCAUUGCCUUCCUCGAGCAACCGUUGGUGGUGGAUGAAUGCAGGGACUCCAAUGUCAUGAUGACGACCACCACCACCACCAAAGAAACGAACAUGUUCGAUCGUCUCGACGAUGACCAGCUCAUGUCCUUGUUCGCCGAUGAUGUCCCGGUCACCAUGGCAACGGCGGUUCCAACGCUAUCUUCGUCGAACCCUUCGACGCCGUCGGAUCAAAAUAGCAACAAUGACGAGAAACCAGCACCGUCGAUGGAUCUGCAACUACCCAAAAAUGAACCCGGGGAGGUCGAGAGCUCACGCAAAUUCUCUGCUGCAGAAGCUGCUCAAGCUCCACCAUCCUCCAAUGGCGAUUCCAUCGUUGAUCCCAAAAGGGUUAAGAGAAUUCUGGCGAACCGGCAAUCAGCUCAAAGAUCAAGAGUGAGAAAGCUUCAAUAUAUCUCACAGCUUGAAAGAAGCGUUACAACAUUACAGACUGAAGUAUCAGCAUUAUCACCAAGUGUUGCUUUCUUGGAUCAUCAGAGAUUGAUUCUCAAUGCUGACAAUAGUGCUUUGAAACAAAGGAUUGCUGCUUUGGCUCAAGAUAAAAUUUUCAAAGAUGCUCAUCAAGAAGCAUUGAAGAAGGAAAUUGAGAGACUAAGACAAGUCUAUCAACAACAACAAAAUCUCAAGAUCAUAAACACCACAGCCACCGACAACCACCAUGUACCACUGCAACAACAGUCGUCACCACCACCACAGAAUGACGAGCAACAUGAUCAAAGGAAAGGAGAGAGCUAGGGAUCAAAGGAAAUUACGCUUUGAGGAGUUGCAGUUUAAAAUGAAAAAAAAAAUUGAUUAAUUGACAUUUUGUGUGUUAAUAUUUUUUGGGAGGAAGGGUAUUGGCUUUGUUUAUUUUUUAAAAUUUAUGAUGAUGAAAAUAGUUUAACUUUGGGGGUAAAAAUUGAAAUUAAAUGGGAGACAAGACAUUGUGGGGAUUUUAAGGUGUGGGGCUGUUUUGGAUUGAUGAAAAGAGUUCGUAUUGUCAGAGACAACUGAUGCUUAGGUGGUAUUUGUUUUUCAGAGGUAAAAGGUCUGUAGUAUACGGACCACAU